AUGCAUCCUUCUCGAUAUCUCGCACUUUUCGCUGCUUUCAGCGGAGCUGUCAUUGCUCAAAACGACGACGACAAUGACAACGACAGUAACACUACUUCAACCACUCUCGGACCACGUGAAUCCGCUGUUACGAUUGUCGAAACCUCUUACGAAGUCAUCACUUCCACAAAUGUCGAUUCUUCCGUCUACAUCACUUCUCUCCCAAAGAGUCUCUUCACCCGCACGACCCAAGUCGCUGUUGACACUACCCUUGUUCCGGUGCUGACGCCCUCUGUUAUCUCAGCUGCCUCCACCUACGUGGUGACAACUAGAACUGGUGCUAAUGGAGAGGCGGUUGUGUCCACCGUGAUUCCAACCGGCGCUACCGUGGUCUCGAGCGGUGAUAGGGUAACCGUGGUCCCCACUGGAGCAACAGCAACCUCAACUGGCGGUGCAUAUGCUACAUACAUUCCUGGUGGAGUCGGGCUCAUUGCCCUUGGUUUUGCCGCACUUCUGUAG